AUGGCGAAUCCGAGGAGAAUUUCAUAUUCCAAUUCCAAUCAACUCCCAAUUUCUGACCCCAGUAACCCAUUCCAAUCCCAAACCCCACAAACUGCUGCAACCCUUUUAAAUUCACUGAAAUUCUUCCUCAAAAAACCUCACGCAGUUCCAUUUCUACUAUCUUUUUUCCUUUUUCUUACUUGGGUUUCCCUCAGAUUCCAACGCUAUUCUUCCAAUCCUUCAUUUCACCAAUCGCCGUACGAUAGCAAUAGGGUGGCUUUACAUGGCGGUUCUGAUAAAUAUUCUGAUGCUAAUAUAGUGAAAUUUCCCUCGUCUUCUUCAGUUGUAAUGAAGGAUAAGCGUGGAUGGUUGAUCAAUCCUGUUUCACUUGCCUUGGAUGCUUCCAUUACAGGAGGAGCGAGCUUCUGUGCUUCAGUUCAUUUGGGGGAGAUCCGUCCUGGAGGCAUGAGGGGAAACUAUAGGCACCAUACCUGUAAUGAGACAUUUGUUAUUUGGGGAGCAAAGACAGUGUUCAGGCUGGAAAAUAAAGCAGUUGCAAAAGGAUUUGCGGAGGUGACAAUUGGUGCUAAUGAAAUUGCCGUUGCAGCCAGUCCUAGUGGAGUGGCUCAUGCUCUAGUAAAUACAGAUGCUGUACGGAGCACAUUUUUCAUGGGAUGCCAGGACAGUAUUGUAAAUUCCAGUGACUUGACUUCCGACUUUGGUGUAUGGAAAGAUUUAUAA